AAGCAAUCCACUCAGGCUGCAAAUUUUACUGUCCUUGUCUAACUCAUCCUUUUUAUUACUGAAAGUCAUCGCUAAUGACUCGAACUUACGAAUUUUUAUCCUUCAUAUAGUUUGUUUUGGCUAUAAAACAUAUUCUAAAGUAGGAUGAAUAGAUAGAUUUUUGGUAUUGUUCACUUAUCUAAGUUAAAUGACUCAACCGUGAGGCUUUCACUGUCGUUUUGAACAAUAUCGUCAGCACCUUCCCGCAAAUAUUUGCGGUUUUUAAUUGCCGAUAUCCUUGAAACUACCUGCUUAUAAUGGAACAAUCAGAUAAGUGGUAUGCCACAUAAUAUUUUUAAAUCAGCUGGUAACCCGUGAACUAGAGUUGUAACAAGUGGCUUUCACUCAGUCUCAGGUUUAAACCCUCCUCAACCUACUUUGGUUUGUGCACCUGAGUAAUAUCACUAACAUAAAGUGGGGUUCGAAGACAAGUGCACAAAUAUAUAUCUAGUAAAUUAAUGAUAAACUGCUACGUUAUGCUGUUAUAUUCAGUCACUAUCAUCUCCUUGACAUUCACUCCAGUUAAAAAAGAAUAAAAUUGCAUGAAAAACUUCAUUGUUAGAGGUGAAGUAAUUUUUCUUGAAUGUGUUGAUGAUCGGAAUCACUAAACAGGGAAAAUAAUUCACAUACUCAUAAUAUCUCACUUGCACCCGCACCUUACUAGCUACGGGGUCUGUCUGACUUUCUCCAAUAAAUCAUGAACAUCCAACUGAGGCAGCUAGAAGUGUCUUAUGAGACUUAACAGCUUGAACCAGAAAAAAUUGUCCUGUUCUACUGAUUGUUUGGUUAUUUUGUGAAGUUUACCAUUCAUUUAAAGUUUUUUCCAUUUUUUUGUCUUUGUUUAAAAGAAAUGAAGGAAAUGAAAAGUGAGUUAACAAAACAGGAUGGUGCAAAUUUUGUUUCAUCUCUUCAAAAAGCCAAUUCUGAAAAAAAUUCAAAACAAUAUCGAUGGUUAGAACAAUGCUAUGAGAUAGUUAUAUCUGCGAAAAUCGAGAAUAGUAAUAAUAACAAUAGUGGUGAUAUACCAGUUAUUCCAAUUGAUGGAGGUUCAGAUGCUGGUAUGUUUUGUGUAGUCGGUGCUCAAUUCGAUCCAUCUCGUAUUAUCUAUCACGGCUCUACUACCACUUCUAAUAAUAAUGAUAAUACUCAUAACAAUAAUUCGAAAUCCAUGGAACCGGGUGAUAUAAUCUUAGCUAUUGAUGGUUAUGAACUCUCAGGCUAUACAAAACGUGAUGCUAUUACAUUAUGUAAUGCUUGUCUACAAUCUCAUUCACAUGUCCGAUUGCAUCUUAGUCCACCUCAUGCAUUAGUCACAAGUAGUACAAUGUUGUCAAGCUUUUUGGCCAUUUCAUUUGCGAUGGACUCACCAGAGUAUACCCUUCAAGAAAAAAUACGAGAGAAUGUUUAUCAACGUGUAGUACCUUGUACAACUAGAUUGCCCAGAGCAGAAGAAGUAGAUGGAGUCCAUUAUCGUUUUAUGAAUGUACCUCAAUUUCUUGCACUUGAACGUAGUGGACAAUUAUUAGAAAGUGGAAUGUAUAAAGGUAAUCAUUAUGGUACACCUCGACCAGACCCUAAUUCUACUGCUUUAGAUCCUAUGUUCUUAGAACAAUUCCACUUAUCCUCUACAGACAUUUCACAAAUCAGUGAUGAUGCGUGUAGAAUCCCACCGCCAUUGGCACCACUAAGCUCAUUUAAUACAUUUGCAAUGCAUGCUACCACUACCACUGCUGCUUCGGGAACUAUCGGCAGUAACAUUACUACUACCAGUAGUAGUAGUAGCAGUAAUAACACUAAUAAUGGUGUAAAAUUAAAUGAUCCAUUACAACAAUUACCAACAUGUUCUCCACCACCGCCUCCACCAAUUCGCAAUUCAUCAAUAACAAAAAAUUCUAAUAUUGCCUGUAAUACUAAUAAUAUUAAUAUUAAUCAUGGUAAAGCAUCGACUAAUCUGUUGACUUUAUGCACAACUGAAAAUUUUCUGACAAAAACAAUCGAUAACAACAAUAACAGUAAACAGUUAAAUGGAUUAAAUGAAUUAAAUGGUAAAUUAUACCUACCACGUCCAAAAUUUUCAAAUGAUGAAGCUAGUUUAUGGUCACCUAACGGUAUUCAUUUAAUGGAUGAUCAUAAAACAACCAUGUUGCCUACAGCAACAACAACAACAAUGUCAGUUACUGCCAAUGCUAUUACUAUUACAAAUACUACCAAUACUAACACUACUAAUAUGAAUACUACUACUAUGUCUAAUCAUGUCAAUACGUCGAUGACCAAUGGUUGUUCACUCAUUGAAAGUUUCUGUGAUCAAACAGCUUAUUCAGUGGAUAAAUUAGAUCAAAUUGGUGAACAUGUAUUACCAUAUGGUUGGGAAAUUGUGCAAGAUAUAAAAUAUGGUACAUUUUAUAUUGAUCAUAUUAAUAAACAUACACAAUAUGAACCGCCAACAGUUGAAGAUUUUCAAUUAGGUGAAAAAGUACGCAUGAAAUAUUUAUCACAAUUUGAUACAAUUCAUCACAAAACUAAAACUAAUACUACUAUCAAUAAUAAUCAUAGUAUCAUCAAAAGUGUAAAUAAUAAUAAUAAUAAUAAUAAUGGGAUCUCUGUUAAUGCCAAUAAUAAUCAUGAUGAUAGUCAAAAUGAAUUAGACUCAUCAUCCAUUAAUGAUAAUGGACGUAUAACUCCUGUGUCAUUUUGUUCCGAUUUAAAACAAUUACGAGGUCCAUUGAUUAAUACAGUUUUAGUGAAAAGUCCACGUGGUUUUGGAUUCACAAUUAUCGGUGGUUCCGAUUGUAAUCGAUCAGCAUUUUUACAAGUGAAACAUCUUGUCCCAGGUGGCCCAGCUUCACUGAAUAGCCAAUUAGCUGUUGGUGAUGUUAUGGUUAGCGUGAACGGGACAAAUGUUCUUGGUUAUACACAUUCUCAAUUAGUUUCAUUAUUCCAGUCAAUCCCAGUUGGAGCUAGUAUUAAUUUACUAGUGUCACAAGGUUAUCGAUUACGGAGAGAAAUUGGUGGCGAUCCGCCAACACAUUUUAAUGGUGCAGUACCUGGCAAUCAUCUUGGUGCGACAGGUUUUGUAUCCGGUGUGAUUGAUAUUUCUACUCAGAAUGCUUUAAACAAUCUGAAACUUGGUGAAGAUACAAUAGAUAAUUUACCAUUGACGGAGUUAUAUCUAGUUAAUUCAUCAAGGAAUUCCGGUGUAAUCUCUUCACAUUCUUCCAUUUCACCGACACCACCGCCAUCAGCAUCAUCAUCGUCUAAUAAUGGUAAUUCAUCUCAAGAGCUACUUGCAGUACGUUCUAGUCCGUCUAAUUUAAAUGGUGGUAGCUGUGUUGGAAAGUUGCGUAAUUCACAAAGACCAGAAUUUUUAAAGGUGGCAAUUUUCAAACAAAACAAUGGUUUCGGCUUUACUUUGGCCGAUCAUAUCCAAGGUCAACAUGUGAAAGCUAUCUCAGAUCCAGUAAGGUGUGGUCGCUUACGUGUUGGUGAUGUUAUUGUAGAAAUUAAUGAUCAACGUGUAAAAGAUAUGCCACAUGUGGAAGUAGUUCAAAUAUUGAAACAAUGUCCAGUUGGUAAAGAAGCAAGAUUACUUGUUCAACGUGGUGGUUUGUAUACCUCCCCGUUAUCUUUACUGGAUGCUGAAUUCCUUGAAAUGAAUUCAUUGAAUUUCAAUGAACAGCGUUAUCGUGGGAACAUAGCUAAUCAUCAGUAUAUAAAUGAUUUUCAUGUUAAAUCAACUGAUCAACAAUCAAACACAUCAAUAAUCGGUGUUGUUCCCUCUUCUUCUCCGUCCACUAAUGUUACUGUUAAUAGUAAUUCCAUAAAUACCACUACUAUUAAUAAUAAUCAUAAUAAUUUGAGCAUUAUUUAUGCUACUCCUCAACCUCAACGAAAUCAUCUUUCUUCCAGAAGUGGUUAUCAUCAUCGAACUUCCGGUAGUACAGGAGAAAAUAGUAUAUCUUCAAGUGGUUCGUCACAUUUACGUGCACAAACUCCAGAUCCAUAUGUGGAUCGGCGUUUAGGCUUAGAUAGUCCUAAUCAUCAAUAUCAUCAACGUCACUAUAAACAUUCGUAUCAAAAUGAACCGCUCGAUUUAAUUAGUCGGUCGAAUUUCAACCAAACAGAUUAUAUUUAUCAUUCCAAUAAUAACAAUGGUAAUAUUAAUAAUAACAUGGGUUUAUCUGUGAUCUCGGAUCAACGCCGACGUGUACAUCCCGUUGAUGAUAGCGUUGUUGGUUUAAAUAAAGAUAAUUUUUCACCGGAAUCACCUAAUUCAUCAACAACUUAUGGUUCAUUACUUCGACCUGGACGUAUGCCUCCAUUGCGUCAUUCACAAUCAUCCGUAUCUAAUAAACCAAACACUAAUGUUGUUAGAUCAGCAACAGCGGUAACAACGUCAGUAAUGACAUCCUCAACAGCACCAUUAUGUAUGCUUCCUGGGGAGUUUCUUGUACAUUUAAAGCGUCAGUCAACUGGUUUUGGAUUUAAUCUAGUUGGUGGAGCUGAAGAAAAUACUCAGGUAUCUAUAGGUGCUCUGCUUAUGGGUGGUUCAGCUCAACUUAGUGAAGUUGUACGUACUGGAGAUAAGUUAAUAUCAAUUGAUGGUGUACGUGUUAUUGGAGCAACGCAUGCAGAAGUUGUAGAAUUAUUAGACAGAGCUGCACAUACUGUUGGUCAAGUUACACUGGGUUUACAAAGAGGAAAGGUUGAAAUUGACAAUCUCAAAUCACAUUAUUCAUUGGAACCAGUUGAUGUUGUCAUAUCUCGAAGUGAAAAAUCUGAUGGAUUUGGUUUCUUUUUGACUAAUACCAAACCAAAUCAUAAUUCAUUAAAUGAACAUUCAAAUGGUAUUGUUGGGAAUCGUAGUAACAGUAAUAGUAAUAACAAUAAUAAUAGUAAUCUUCAGAAUACAGAAUACAUUGCUCAACUUGUUCCUGGCAGUCAAGCUGAACGUAUGGGUCUGUUGUCUGUUGGUGAUCAAAUAUUAGCUGUAAAUGGUAUUCCAACAUGUGGACUACAUCAUGAUGAAGUAGUUCGUUUGAUUCGAGAAAGUGGUAAUCAUAUAGCUUUGAAAAUUUUGCCAUAUUCAGGCUCAGCUUCACGUGGACGUAAACAUCCUUUACCAAUGAGAGAUUCAGUUGAAUUUCCGGUUACACUGUUUCGUGGAAGUAGAGGUUUUGGUUUCUCCAUUCGUGGUGGACAAGAAUUUAAUCGUAUGCCACUAGUUGUAUUACGUAUUGCAGAUGGUGGUGCUGCUCAAAUGGAUGGUCAUUUAAAGGUUGGUGAUGAAUUAAUUGAAAUUAAUGGUUAUUCAACUAUUGGUAUGUCACAUGGACAAGCUAUUGAAAUUAUACAACGUGGCGGAAAUACUAUGCGUUUAGUUGUUCGACGUCGUUCUCCACGUGGUAAACAAUCAUUAGACCAACAAAUAUCAAAUGGUUUAACUCGCAUUAUUGAUAGUCGUAUAAAUGCAGAUAAACGAUCUCAUCGACUUAGUUUUAACAAACAUGACACUUCAUCAAAUUGGUUUCAUCGUACUGUAAUCGAUAAAAAUCAUUCCUUAUCUAAUCAAUCUCAAAGAAGAAGUGAAUUUCUCAGAUGGACAAUUCGUAAAUAA